CACAGCGUUUAGGGUUUAAGCAGGGCCUAUUUUUCCUUCUUUCCUGUUUCGGACAGCAGAGCCGUUGUUCUGCUAUAGCAUUAAAACCCCGAAACCUUGACCCUAGAAAUAAAUCGAUGAUGGACAAGAGCAUCUUUGGAGACUUGGACUCUCUUAGUGGAGAAGAUAAGGAAAAAAUGUCUGCCAGGAUCGAUCAGUUCCAAGCUCGAGAAAGUCUAAGGACCUAUAAUUCACUAGUAGAGAGAUGUUUUGUGGACUGCGUGGAUACAUUUUAUCGACGAUCCCUGACCAAGAAAGAAGAAACAUGCGUUCGUAGGUGUGCUGAAAAGUUCUUGAGGCAUUCAGUUCUUUUACGCUUGAGCUUUGCGGAACUCAAUCAAGGGGCAACUACAACAGAUUAAGGCGUUUUUGUAUAUUAUCACUCAUAGAUUUUUUGUACUGCCGUGUAUUUUUCUCGACUUUAACCCAAAAAUAGUUGAUGAUAAGUGAAAUUCCUUUAGUUAGGAAAUUCAAAGAAAGUGAAAUUCCUUUUGGAUUA